AUGGACUUACGUGAACAAGUGCUGCAAGAAAGAAAAGAGAGAGAGACAAAACUGGCUGAGUUACGAAAAACCGUCGGUUUCGGGUCACGUUCUUGCAGUCGGCAGUCCCGGCCGGUUUGCUCCGGGCGUGCUGGAGGUCAGCGGCCUCGGACUUGGUGCUUGGGUCUCGGGCAGCUCUCUGGCUCCAGGGCGUUUCCUCCUUUUCCGGCCUCGGAAAGUGUUGUUUUGGUUCUUAAUUCCCUAUCAAGGAAAGGCACCCUGUUGACCAUUUCUCAGAGUCUUCUCCGGUUGGCUAGAGGCCAAGUUUCCCCCACCCCAGUUGGCCCCAACUUGGGUCCCUCCCUGAGAUCCUCGAAAGCUCAGGAAGCGAGUCUUCUGAGGAGGGAGAGAGAAGGCAGCCUGGCGGUGGGUUCCACUGUUUCUGGCCGGCCCUUCUCUUCGCCCCGUCCCUAUGCCAGUACCCAUCGCACAGCGAAGGGUGCGGGCAGUCUCCCGGGUGAUGCUCCGGGACCGGGUUCUCCACCAUUCCAAAAAGAAUACUCAUUCUCCGACGCGCCAGCGCUGGGAAGAGAGGAAGAGGACGAAAAGCCCGGGAAUGGGGCCUAG